GAAAGAAAAUAUAUAUAGCACGCCAUCUUCCUAUUUCCCGCCAUUUUUUUAUUUUUCCCACUGGUUUCCCACGUCGCCUUCCCCGAUCGAUCCAUCGACCAACCGACUAGCUCGACUGCUCGAGAGCCGUUUCCCAACUACUCCGGAACGCAUGCCCGCAAUCCUCGUCGAGAGCGAGGCGAUCGAUCGAUGGAGGUGAAGCUGCACACGGCGAGGACGCUCGUCGGCCGGCUGCGGGGCGCCGCCGCGGUGCGCGACGGGGCGGCCACCGCCGUCGCCAUCGCCGAGAUCCGCCACGCCACCAAGAGCGACCCGGACAUCCGGGCGCCGCUGGCGGACGCUGGGGCGGUGCCGUUCCUCGCGGCGCAGCUCACGGCGCCGUCGGCGGCGUCAGAGGACGCCGCGGCGGCGCUGCUGAACAUCUCGAUCUCCGCGCGGGAGCAGCUGAUGUCUGCCCCGGGCCUCCUCGACGCCCUCAUGGCGGCGCUCCGGGCGGAGGAGUACUCCGCCGCCCACCACGCCGCCGCCACCGUGUACAGCCUCCUCUGCGUCGAGGCCAACCGCCCCGUCAUCGGCGCCAGGCGGCCGUUGCUCGCCGCGCUCGUCUCCCUCAUCCGGGCGGCUCCCAACACCCGCGCCACCAAGGACGCCCUCAAGGCCCUCUUCGCCGUCGCGCUCUACCCGCCCAACCGCGCCACGCUCGUCGGGCUCGGCGCCGUGCAGGCGCUCUUCGCGCUCAUCAUGACGGACGGCCGGACCGGCAUCAUGGAGGACGCCACCGCCGUCGUCGCGCAGGUCGCCGGGUGCGAGGAGAGCCUGGACGCGUUCACGAGGAUGUCCGGGCUGCGCAUUCUCGUGGACCUCGUCGAGCGAGGCGGCGCCUCCACACCGAGGACAAGGGAGAACGCGGCCGCCGCGCUGCUCAACCUGGUCGUGGCCGGCGGCGAGCGGGCCGUGGCGGAGGUGAGCGCGGUGGGCGGCGCAGAGGAGGCAGUGAGGGAGCUCGCGGAGGACGCAACGGCGAGCGCGAGGGGGAAGGCCAAGGCGGAGUCGUUGCUACGGGCGUUGGAGUGCGGCGGCGCGAGGCGGCGGGAGCACCGGCUCGCCGACUUCCUGAACGGGCUGGUGCAGUCGGACCCGUACAUCUCGUCGCCGGCGUCGGCGUCGACACGCGGGUAAACGGCUGACGUGUUAACCUUGACCCUUGCACGUUCACGCUUCUCUCCUGCCAUAUCUAGCUUGGAUGAGGACAAAUUAUAUAU